UGGUUAAGACACCUUAACAUUUUUCACAUUCUGAACUAGUCAGCUGUGUAGGAUGGACAACUCCAGAAGAGCUAUAUUCAGGUGCUGAUGAUCACUUGGUUCUGAAGUGGAAUCUGAGUAACAAUGAAACAAAUACUCUUGUAAAGUUACCAGAUGAUGUAUUUCCUACAGAUAUGCACUGGUUUCCUAAAUCUGCUGCUGGUGGUGGAAAGAAGACUGGAUCAGACCUCUUUGUUUUAACAUCAACUGAUGGGAAAAUUCACCUUAUUAGUAAAACAGGAAGAGUUGAAAAAAGUAUAGAGGCACACAAAGGUGCAGUAUUAGCAGGAAGAUGGAGUUAUGAUGGGUCAGCACUUGUGACAGCUGGUGAAGAUGGUCAAGUAAAAAUUUGGUCAAGAAGUGGAAUGUUAAGGUCAACUUUGACACAAAACAGUUCUUCAGUAUAUGGUAUAGCAUGGGGACCAGACUCUGACCAGGUUCUCUUCACGAAUGGAAGACAGUUGGUGAUCAAGUCAUUACAACCUAAUGCUAAACCAACAAUGUGGAAAGCCCAUGAUGGAGUAAUACUGAAUGUGGACUGGAACCCAGUUAACAAUUUGAUUCUGUCUGGAGGAGAAGAUUGUAGAUAUAAGGUAUGGGAUACCUAUGGUAGAGUAAUGUAUAACAGCUCUGCCCAUGACUAUCCCAUCACUUCAGUUGCCUGGACCCCUGAUGGAGAAUUGUUUGCUGUAGGAUCUUUCAAUACAUUAAGGAUUUGUGACCAAGCAGGGUGGUCUUAUUCCUUGGAGAAACCUAACACAGGGAGUCUGUUCAAACUGGCAUGGUCUGGAGAUGGCACACAGGUAGCAGGAGCAUGUGGGAAUGGUCAAGUACUUAUUGGACAUUUAAUAGAAAGGCGACUUGAAUGGAAGAAUUAUGAAGCAACAGUUGUUAGUAGUAAACAAGUAGAUGUUAGGAACGUAGUCAAUGAUGUUAAAGAUAAGCUGGACUUCCGGGACAGAAUCAUUAAAUUAUCGUUUGCCUAUUCUCAUCUCAUUGUUGCUACUUCAUCACAGUGCUAUAUAUUUAAUGUUAGAAAUUUCAACACACCAAUGAUAUUUGAUCUUAAAGAGGGCAAUGUGACACUUAUCCUUCAAGCAGAGAAACAUUUUGUACUUGUUGACACAGCUGGUGUGUAUAUUUACUCCUACGAUGGUAGAAUGGUAUCUUCACCUAGAUAUGCUGGUAUGAGAGCUGAUGUUCUCAAUUAUCAAACAGUGGCACUCAGUAACGACACAAUUGCUAUUAGGGAUAAAACAGAUGAAAAAGUUGUGUAUGUAUUUGAUGCACAGACUGGGAAGAAUUUGGGUGAUGGUAAACCCAUUACACACAAGUUAGAGGUAAUGGAAAUAGCACUUGACCAAUGUGGACCAGCGACAGAGAGACGUCUAGCAAUAGUAGAUAAAAAUAGGGAUCUCUAUGUGACAGCUGUUAGAGUGUUUGGUGGAGAAAGGAAAACACAUAAAUUAGGAAACAUGAUUCAAUCCUUGGCAUGGAAUGACUCAGCUAAUAUGUUGGCAGCAUUUGCAGAUAGUAAAUUUACAGUAUGGUAUUAUCCCAAUGUCGUAUUUGUAGACAGAGAUCUUAUUAAUAGAACAGUGUUUUCCAAAGAUGCAAGUGAAUUUGGUAAGAAUCCACAGAUCUUACAGUACACAGGAAAUCAUGUUGUGAUACGGAGAGCUGAAGGUUCUAUAGUCAGUACAGUCACAUCACCUUACCCAUCAAUACUACACAACUAUGUACAGUCAUCAAGGUUUGCUGAUGCUGUUAGACUGUGUAGAUUUGUUAAAGAUGACAUUUUAUGGGCGUGUCUAGCUGCAAUGUCUGCUUAUGCUAAAGAUCUCAACACAGCUGAAGUGUCAUAUGCUGCCAUCUUAGAGGCAGAGAAAGUACAGUUUAUUGUGAAUAUCAAAGACAUACCAGUAAAAGAAGCUCGGAAUGCAGAAAUGGCCCUUUUAUGUGGAAGUCCGCAGGACGCUGAGGCUAUAUUGUUGACGGCUGGACUCACAUUCAGGGCAAUUAUGUUAAAUAUUCAACUUUAUAAUUGGGAUAGAGCAUUGGAAUUAGCAGUUAAACAUAAAACUCAUGUAGAUACAGUAUUAGGAUAUAGACAAAGAUAUUUAGAAAGAUUUUCCAAGAAAGAGAAUAUCAAAAGAUACCAACAGUACAAAGAUGGAAUUGAAAUAGACUGGGAGAAAAUAGAAUCCAAAAUAGAAUAUGAAUAUCAAAAAGAAAGAGAACGACCAACACCUUCUUCCCAGCCUGCCUCUACAGGUUCAACAGGAAGUUCUGUGUCACGGACAGGUGGACCAAGACCAAGGGUCACAGCACAAACUUAGUCAUUUAUUAUAUGUUCAUUUCUAAAAACUGUGAUACUAUUUAUUUUGUUGUGAAAAGAAAACACUAUAGUUAAGUUGUUUAAUUGCUAAAUAAUGAAGAAAAUGAUAGCAAAACUUUAAAAGACAAAGUUACUGUAUUCUUUUAUUUCAUGUGUAGUAAAAAAUGAGAGAAAGUUAAAAUAGUUUAAUGUUGGAAUAUCAAAUAAUCAUGCUUUGUUGUAACAAAACAGAUAUACUAGUUCUAUGUCUAAGAAGGCAAUGAGAAUCAGUUGUUUCAUUGUUUCUAUAUACAUUUAUAUUGAUAUACACAUCUUGUUUUUAAAAAUAUACUGUCAAAGGUAACAGCAUUGAAAAGUUUUUCACCAAUGCUUUUAAUUGUUGCUGUGAAAUUCAAAAUGCAAAUCUUGCAAUAGGGAAUAGGACAAAUUUUCAGCAAGAUAAAAGUAAACCAUUAAAUGUGCUAUGCAAAAUAUUACUAGUCAUAUCUGUAAUAAAGUUGUGUUAAGGAAACAGAAAUGAUUUAAUUUAUAAAAGAAAAUCGCUUGUUAACAGUUUAUAGAUAAAAUUCCAACUUAUAUUCAUUCCAGUGUUAUAUGACAUUUUCACAUUGCUGUUUUGGAAUUAAGUAUGUUUUAUAAUGUCUACUGUGUUCUAGAUUUUUGUAUUUAUUUUUUCCUGUUCUCAAGGGCGAAAUGUUGUCCUCAUCAUAAAAAAUUAUGAUAACCAGUUUUGGAUGGUACUGAAAUUGCACAUAAAAAAACAAUUUGCUUUAAAAUAUUCUGUUAUAACAUUAAAGUUCAUGUUUUAAGUUUUUUUUUCCAACCUGACAUAGUCUUCUGUAGUUCAUUUUGUAUAAUCGCAUUAUCUCCAACAGUUUAUAUGCAGGUUAGGUUCUGAUUUUUCUACUGUUUUGUCCUACAUUAAUUUUGAAAAUUACCUUUCUAAAAAGUAAGAUGUUCGUUAGUGAGACAAUAAUUCAUUAAAGACCAAAGGAAAAUAAAAUGAACAUGUACAGGUCCCUAUUGUAUUUACGGUUGAAAUUCCCGCCUAAUGUUACAACUGGGUAAGCUAUAACUGCAACCUUUAAUAUUUAUUGAAUGCUUUAUUCCGUCCAAAUAUUUUGUAUUCAUAUGACAUAUAUGAUGUAUAAUGUUUGUUUACAAAGAAUAUCUAUUUUAUUUAGAGAAGCAGGUGGAAAAGAAAAUCUCGUAUAAAAUAAAAAGUUAAAUCUUUUA